UUAUCGCACUACGUCAGCUCGAUGCCGCUAUAUAGGGCCAAUCCAUCUGUGGAGCAUUACAAUCUCAACUGAAUUCCCUUGAGGGCUACAACAAAGGAAAGACCGGCAAGAUGAAACUGUUCCUAGCUGCAGCCGUGUUGAUGCUUGUGCUUGCUGCACACACAGAGGCCCAGGAGGAGCCCACACUGGAGCAGCGCUUUGCCAACUUCCACACCCAGGUGAAAGAUAUCGCAGGGGACCUGACAGAGAAGACCAAGAACGCCUUCGAGCAGUUUGAACAGAGCGAGUUCGCUGUCAAAACUAAGAACUGGUUUACUGAGCAGUUUGAGAAGAUGAAGCAGAAGCUGGGUGAGGGCUUCAAUUAAAAUGACAACUGUUGUCCCGUUAUCCCUGCAAUCACAGACUACCUGAUAUCACCCAACUCUUUUGUGCCAGCUGGCACAAUUGUUACAAUUCAUGCUGUUAUGAUCGGUGUGACUUUUGUGUAAUCUGUACAAUAGUUUAUGGUUUUUGUGAGAUGCUAUGUUAAAUAUUCUGUAAAAUUUUGGAAAUCUAAAAAUCUGAUUUUUUUUUUCUUCAAUAGAAUAAACAGUGAAAAAAGUA